ACCUACCUUGCUGUGAUGGAACUUUUGUCCAGACGGAGCAGACUUCCUGUCAAUUACAAAUGUGAGACCGAGAAUCUUCCAGCAGCAGUGAUUUCAGGACCCAUCACUGACUAUUGUCUUCAUUUGGCAACUAUCCUGUGUAUAUACAAGAUACCACAACUUAUCUUUGGAACAUCUCCUGUAGUGAAUAAUGAUGCCCAAGAUAUCUUCCUUCAUCGUAUGUUCCCAAAUAUUGGUUGCCAGUAUGAUGGGAUUCUUCAGUUACUUUUGCAUUUCAACUGGAUAUGGAUUGGAGUAGUUUGUCUGAAGGAUGAUACUGGAGAAGGAUUUGUACAAAAUGUUCUUCCCACGUUUGCUCUGAAAGGCAUUUGCUUUCAUUUCAUUGCAAGAUUACCCAAAUAUGCCUUUACUGAUGGAUUUGAUGAAUUUGUAGAGGAAUCUUAUAAAAUUAUUACCGUUGCUAUGGGAAGUACUGCCAAUGUGAUUGUUGUGUAUGGUGAAAGCCCCACUAUUAUGGUUAUAAGAAUGAUGGUAUAUGCUGCAGAAAUAAAGGAUACACCCAUGGAAAUUGGCACAAAGGUAUGGGUUAUGACAGCUCAAAUGGAGUUUGCAAUGCUUUCUUUUGUAAGAGACUGGGAUAUAGACUUCCUUCAUGGGGCUAUUUCCUUUGAAGUUCAUUCAAAGGCACUUUCAGGAUUCAAACACUUUCUUCAGACAAGAAACCCCCUCUCAGAAAAAAAAGACAAGUUUCUGUGGACUUUCUGGGAAGAGGUAUUUAAUUGCGACUUGCCUAAUCCUUCAUUAGACAAGAAGGAUAAUACGUUCUGCACUGGGAAGGAGAAACUAGAGCAUCUUCCCACUUCUGUUUUUGAACUUAACAUGACCAGCCAUAGCUACAGUAUCUACAAUGCUGUCUAUGCAGUUGCACAUUCUUUGCAAGCCAUGCAUUCAUCUAAAUUGAAACACAGAGCACUGCCAAAUGGUGCAGGAGAGCAACUUUGGAAUAUAUAUCCAUGGCAGCUCCACCAGUUUCUGAAAAGAAUUGCAUUUAACAAUAGUGCUGGGGAAGAGGUUUCUUUUGAUGAAAAUGGGGAAUUAUUAGCGGGAUUCAAUAUUAUCAACUGGGUCAUAUUUCCAAAUCAGUCUUUUGUGAAAAUAAAAGUUGGAACAAUGGAACCUCAGACUCCUGUAGACAAGAGGUUUAUCAUUCAAGAUGAUGCCAUUGUGUGGCCCAGCAUCUUCAACCAGGCACUACCCUUCUCUAGAUGUAACGAUAAAUGCCGGUUGGGCUUUAGUAAGAGAAAGAAGGAAGGAGAGCAGUUUUGCUGCUAUGAUUGCAUUCCAUGUCCUGAGGGCAAGAUUUCAAAUUGCACAGAUGCUGAUGAAUGUUUUGAAUGCCCCGGAUAUCAGUAUCCAAACAAUUACAAGGAUAGAUGCCUUCCCAAAGAAAUCAUCUUCUUGACUUUUGAAGAACCUCUGGGGAUCGUUUUAGCUGUGUUUGCUCUCAAAUUUUCUCUCAUCACCGUCUUCAUUCUGGGCAUCUUCAUGAAGUACAAGGACACUCCUAUUGUCAAAGUGAACAAUACGAACCUCACCUACAUUCUCCUGACUUCCCUCCUGCUUUCCUUCCUUUGUGCUCUGCUAUUCAUUGGCCGACCUGGGAAGGUGACAUGCCUCCUUCAACAAACUUCUUUCAGUAUGAUUUUCUCAGUGGCACUUUCUUCCAUUUUGGCCAAAACCAUCACGGUCAUUCUAGCUUUUAUUGCCACCAAGCCAGGAUCCAUGAUAAGGCGAUGGAUGGGGAAGAGACUGACAUAUUCCAUUGUUGUUUCUUGCUCCCUUUUUCAAGCUACUAUUUGUUGCAUCUGGCUGAUCACCUCUCCUCCAUUCCCAGACCUUGACAUGUACUCAGUGACUCAAACAAUUGUACUCAAAUGUAAUGAAGGCUCAGGUGGUAUGCUUUAUGCUCUUCUGGGUUUCAUGGGUUUCCUCGCUCUUGUCAGCCUCACUUUGGCUUUCUUAGCCAGGAAGUUACCUGACAGUUUUAAUGAGGCCAAGUUUAUCACCUUCAGCAUGUUGGUCUUUUGCAGUGUUUGGCUGUGCUUCAUCCCAACAUACCUGAGCACGAAGGGCAAAAAUAUGGUGGCUGUGGAGAUUUUCUCUAUCUUGGCUUCCAGUUUUGGUUUAUUGAGCUGUAUCUUUUCACCAAAAUGCUACAUUAUCUUGCUGAAACCCGAGCUAAACAGCAAGAAGCAGCUAAGAAAAAAAAGGAACUAA